CGACCGUUGCUACGUGCGUAUGCGCGGCACGCGCGUCUCACAUUCGUUUUCUUCCUUCAAGUUCCGUCAAUAUCGUGAUUACUAUUUAUGAGACUCGUAUUCUAUCUCCAAAUAUGUGGGAAGUUGUCGGCGUCACUGAUUAAACCACAUUCCUCCGGCGUAUGACUCACGUUCCACGAGAGAACGAAAAUGGUGUCUCGAAACAGGAAGAUUAAAAUUACGACCGUCGGUGAUGGUAUGGUUGGAAAAACGUGCAUGCUCAUCACGUAUACAAAGAAAGAAUUCCCGACGGAAUAUGUGCCUACCGUUUUUGACAACUACGUCGAUACCAUAUGCGUGAAUGGACAGCAAUUCGAGAUGACAUUAUGGGACACCGCUGGUCAAGAGGAUUACGAACGACUUCGACCACUAUCGUAUCCGAAUACCGAUUGUUUUCUAGUCUGUUUCUCGAUAAGUGCUCGUAGUUCUUAUGAAAAUGUAUCGAGUAAGUGGCAUCCGGAGAUUAAAACGCACUGUCCCAAUGUACCAAUCGUACUUGUAGGUACUAAAGGAGAUUUCAGAAAUCAAGAAAUUAUGGAUAUUAUCACUUCACGUGAAUGUAACAAGAUGAAAAAAAAGAUCAAGGCAGUCAAGUAUGUUGAAUGUUCUGCAAUAAAGCAAGAAGGACUAGAAGAAGUAUUUAUGGAAGCUAUCAGAGCUGUAUUGAAGAAACCGUCAUCGAAAAAGCCCUGCUGCAUCCUUUAAAAUGUGCAAUAUUGAGAUCGAUACAAUGAAUUUUGAACUGACCGAUUGAAGUCAUCAAGACGGAUAUCAAACCAAAGAUUCUCUUCACAUCUCUUUCGUGUCUUCCUCGCAUAUCCUGCCCUUAACAUUUCUAAGGAGUAUGAUAUAUUCUUUAUGUAAGCCAGGAUUCUUUCUUGCGCCUUGUAAAUAUAUACUAAAUAUUUUAUCUGCACUGCUCGAAAAGAUUAGAGAAAAUUAUGUGGUACAAAUAACUCUGGUUAUGAGCAGUUUCAUAACUUAAAGCAAACAUAAGAAAUAUUAAAUUAUAAAAUAACAGAC